UGACUGAGUUGAAGCACUUGCUGCGCACAGUCGCGUUUGUUAGUUGUUUCGAUUAGGACGUGUUCCCUCGAGCGCACGUAAAGACUGGCAUUUUUUAAGCUGCUGUUGCCGUGCCGUUUGAAUGUCGGACUGUGCUUGCAUUUUGUUACAGUGAUGCGCAAUAACAACAGCAACAUGCAGUUUUCAACACAUCGACGUAGUUUAUACUGGCUUCUGGGAUUAUGUCUAUUGUUAUUCGAAACAGGAUCAACAGAUGCGCAAAGCAAACGAGCUCCACGCGUCACCAACUCUCGCAGUUUUGGCACCAAUGUGAAGUCAGCUAGCUCCAAUGGCGUCAACUUUGACUGUCCCGAAGAGUUCGGAUACUAUCCCCAUCCCUCGGACUGCACACAGUAUUAUGUGUGCGUAUUUGGUGGUGCGUUACUUGAGAGCUGCACUGGGGGACUGAUGUACUCGCACGAACUGCAGACUUGUGAUUGGCCCAGAAAUGUAGGCUGCGAAGUGGUGGACAGUGGCACGUCGGCAACCUCUACCGAAGUAGGUGGUGCCUCACGUAACAAGGCACAGCAACAUGUUCCCAGUCGCAUUCGCUUUGGGUCCGCCUUCACCAGUCCCACGGCCACACAAAAAACAGUCACAGUUCCACCGCAAUACCAUCGUUCACCUCCCCAGACUAUCCAGGCUCAGGUUCAGCAUCUGCCACCACCUCCAGAGCUCACUGUUGCUCCCAACCCAGUGGUCACGUCCCGAGGACAGCCUAAGUCGCUUCUGGAAUCGCAGGAGGAAAUUGCCAAGUAUACGAAGCUCUAUGCCGAGGCGCAUGAAACUCUGCCCGAAGAGGAGGACAGCGAGCGUCAGCAACGUGUUUAUCGUGGCCAACCGAGUACUGUUAGCCAAGUGCAGCGGGACCGCGAUGGCAUUCUACACCAAGCCAGCAUAAAUGCAAUACCAAAUCACGGAAAGAUCGGAUCCUACACGUUCGGGACGGCUUACAGCGAAAGCUUAAACGACGACGUGACAAUUGAACACGAACUGUCACAUAACCGACUCGAUGUAGACAGAGGACGCAGACGACGCGAUGUUAGUGGGUUAAUGUCAACUACGCCAGCGGAAGUGGCUGGCCCUACUGAAAUGCCUAACGAUUCGAACACCUCUAGCGAAGUCAUGGAGCCAGACAGCGCCAGCAGUGAGCAACUGGGCAGUGGCGAACAGACAAACAGCUCUAAUAGCUCCAAUAGUUCCAAUAACUCAAAUAACUCUCAAGAACAGUUCGACGAUGCAGCGCCUGCUGUCGUCCAGCUGCAAAAGUACUCAUCAAAAAUUAGUCAAACCGAAUUAGACUUUUUGCUGGCGGACUCAGACAACAGCGAACCAAUCGAAGAUAGCGAUGAUACUGCAACGGCCGAGUCCAAGCGACGUGCCCGUCAGCUGCGCCCUUUUCCACAUACGCCUGCUAAAUGGCCAACGCAUAACUAUCGUUCUAUAGACAGUCCAGUUCACCAGCCUUACAAUGGGGCUGGGAAAAACGGGUACAGUUUCGGCAGCUACAAUCCCUAUCUAACUCCUCCCAGCCAGCACACUCCCGCCAGCCAGAACUACAAUCAACUUAACACUGGAUAUAAGGCUUACCUCCAACAACAACAACAUCUGCAGCCUCAACACCCGCAACAACCAGAACGUGUUUCGACAUAUGGGAAAAAACCCACAGUGGUUUACACCGGCUAUAAUUUGUCUCUACCGCCGCCUCCAUUGGAAGACGACUUUCGACCGAUUGCAGGUAGUUACUAUGGUGCGGCCGGAUUAACAAGCUCAAGGCCACCAGGAGGUCAUCCGGAACAAACGAGCCAAGGCGACCUACUUCCUUAUCUUAUAGAGCAACUGAAACAGCUUAAGGAGCGCAGGAAACAGAUCCAAGCUGAAAACUUUGCCUACUUUCAUUUGGACAAUCAACCGAUAAGUCCCACCGCGCAUUCGACAACCCAACGGCCAUCAUUCGAGUACUAUUCUACAACAAGGCCGAGUCAACAAGUUACGCCCAGCAACCAUUACGCUCAAUACAGCACCAUGGGUGGCUUUUAUAAUAAUAAACCGGAAUUUACGCCGAGCAUAUCAAACUAUUCUGGCAAACUGGUAUCUCAGUUCAGCAUUGCUCAAAGUCCAGACACCCAAAGCACGACAGAGAGCAAUUACUUCCAAUAUAAUAUUGUCGCAAAUCAGAAAAUGAAGGGCGUUUACAAUAAUGCCAAGCUUAAUCAAAUAGAGCACGCCGCCUUCAAAGUUCGUCCACCAGUCACACCAGUGCACGUGACGCCAAACUUCAAUAUUGUUUCGGCUCCCAAUUUGGCUAACAAAAACUCGAACGGUCUGCAGGAAGUACCAUUCCGAGAUUUAUCGCAUUUGCCAGUGGGCAUCAGCUACGCUUCGAAUUCUACCCUGCCGGAAUCGUAUCAGACUUUUACCAAAUCGGUCAGCUCUACGGUGCCCCCCAAACCGGAGCCACCUAAGCCUUCAACAACUACCAAGCCACAGAAGACCAAUUUUCAAUUCAAUAUAAAUGAAUUUAUGGCAAACCUAAAAGCCAGUGAUCUAGCAAGUUUUAAUCCGGCUGUCAACCCACUAAUCAAAUAUUUUAAGCAGGUAAGCAAUGAUGGAAGUGGAAAUGUUCGGAAUGCCUUGGUUCUUCGCCGACCUGUCAUUAGCUCAACGCCAUCCAGUCCAGUAACGUCCAGACCUCCCUUGAAAUCAAGCCCGGUACCUACGAGGCUGCCAAUUAGCACAACCACCCAAGGAUCGACCACGCCUAUUCUAAGAGGCUACGAAUCUUUCGUGAAGAGUAUUCAAACCCAGAUAAGCAAACAAGCGUCUAAUUCAAAUCAGUCAACGACCACCAGUCCAACGCGUCCUAGGAUAACUUCGGGCAGAGUUUCCACUACCACUGAAAAAACAGUCGAAUACUAUGACGAGGACUACGAUGACGGAGUUGAUGAAGACAUACUCCCACCAUCUCGCAUGCCCCCCUACAUGCCCAUGUCGGAGACAAUGGCACCACCACGUCCACAAGUCACAACGGAGGGUUCACUUUCGACGACAGCCAGUAAAAUACGAAACAAUCCACAAACCGGAUUUAUGGAAGCUACAACAACGCGUCGACCCUUUCCUAAUUUCACGCAACUUAAUCAACCCAAUGCAGGCAACGGAGUUCCAGCGUUCAUCAGUUUCCCAAGUGACAUAUUUCAGGAAUUGAAGCAGCGGCUGCCACAGUUGCAGGCAACAGCCGCGCCCAGCACUCAUACCACUGCCCGAGUUCGCACAACUACAACUACCAGCACUACGACGCCUAUACCUCAGGCGAAAAUCCGGUACACUGUACGACCACAACGCACGCGUGGACAACAGAAAUGGCAGUCCCAAGUUCAGAGUAAUCCGGACGGAUUAGAGCGCACGCAAAAUGAACCCAGCCGAGGGGCCGCCUACACCAAGCCAACCAGCACUAGCAAUAAUGGCUUAAGUGGCCAGAACUUGAAUUCGGUACAUGCCACUUCAAACACGGAAAGACAAAGGGAUAUUGAGUAUCAACAGCAGCAGGAGCAGCACCAACAUCAGCAAAAGCCCCAGCAGUAUCAGCCUCCAGUGCGCCAGCAGCAGCAAUCAACUUAUAGGCCCUUGGAGAUAUUGACUACGCCGACACCGCCACAAAGGCAGAGCUACAACAGUCAGCCAACAUUGAGCUAUAACACGGACUAUGAAGAGGACCUUAAUGCACAGAUCGAGCAGGAUAAUGUAUAUGACCAGCCUACGCCUCCUCCACAACGGGCCGAAGAGGUGACCAUACAAACUCUGGAGGCAAGGGCCACUGUCUCGACAACCAAAAAUCCGGCCCAAAGACCUGAUGUGCGCAACUACUAUGACACGUUUACCACGCCCCACAUGAGCUAUGAAGAGCCUGAUUACAGCUAUUCCAGCUCUUCAGAGUACGUCCAAAAUUUACCCGCGGACUAUUAUCAGAGCGAGCGAGUUUCACCAUCGAAGACUAAACCGAGCACUCAAGCUCCCAAAUCAAUUAAAUCAGACGAUUAUUAUCUGAUUGCCAACGACGUCGGCCAGUCCACUUCGGCUUUUAAAACAGAUCGUAUACAGAAGUACACGACAGUGACACCCACACGCUUUCCGAUAUUAAAGUCAUCCACAGUCAUAAGCAGGAAUACAAACAAGAUUACCACAACUACCACACAACCAGUCACAAAGCCCCCUGCAACUACAACAAGAACAACAACAACAACACCAGCAACAACUACAACUACAACUACAUUGCAACCUUCAAGCUCAAAAGCGCAUGCAAAUAAAAACUUUAAGCAAAAUGUUAUAAUCAAAUUAAAGACAACCACAACACCACGUACAACACAACCAUCCAGUACAACAACAAUAGCUCUCUCGACCACCACAGCAAAGCAAACCCCUUCAGCCCUCCCCACAUACACUUCCAAUCCCUUUCUUAAGUCAAAGCUACAGUUUCUGGCCAAGUCCUUGAUCAGUGCUGUGUCUGGUACUCAAAGCCAAAGUGUCAAUGAGAACAAAAUUCCGUCCCAAGUCCAGUCUACAGUCACACCUUCAAUCAGUGAUUCGUGGGCGUUGGCAAAUGACAGUGCAAAUAGUAGUACUGAAAAGUAUGUUGAGACAAUUUACGACGAGAGCAAAAAUGUGCAAGUCCACACAGCAGAGAUACCUAGCGGUCAUGCUUAUGAGACAAGCACUUCGCCCAAGUUUCUGGAUUUCAUAAAUUCCGCAGCCUAUGGAGCCAGCAACUUGGUCCGUACGCCCACAGGAAAGGCAUCAAAGGCCGCCUACGUAAGGGAUAACAUCUACAACGACUUUAAAAGAGACAAGGCAUUAUCCACAGAGCAAACUCAAAGCAAACGCAUUCAGAGCUAUGUGUUAUCUGAUGUGAAGCCUCAGAGCUUUAGAACCACUAACCAGAACGCACCAAAGGAAGCGUCAUCUGAACUGUCGGAGACCACAAAUGCAACGCGACCCAACAAGGCGUACGAGUACAGCCUUGAAAGCGGAUCACAUGGGUUUACUUUGACGGCUAAAGAAUCAUUGAAUGAGGAUAACGUGUCCGAGCCACUGUUCGAGCGCCCCGAUAGUGCUCAACGUUUCAAAAACAAUACAACAACAACUACUAGUACUACUACUACUACUACUACUACAACUACUACAACCCGUUUGCCACUGACAUCAGCUAAUCACAUGAGUGUGGAGUAUUACGAUAUUAUUCCGACAACAUAUGCUCCGUUGCGUAUCUGGCGCAACGGUCGUCCAACUAUUAAGCAAGCACCUAGCAGACUUACCACAAUCCCUACAGCAAGUGGCACGGAUUUGCCGAGCAGCACAUUUAAAUUAACUUCGCCAGCUCCAACAAAGGCCGUCAGUAGUUCAAAUACUAGUACCGGACGAUCGAGCGAUGGGCAGAGUUUUACAGCUCGUGCGAAUCUGUUUAAAGACAAUCUUAUUCGCGUGACAAGUAACCCUGCCAUGCGAUUUGUUUCCCCGUACAAAAGCCUUGAAAGCUUGCUCCAGGACGAACGGCUGCCCCACAACAGUCUCAGAACAACUACUAGAGCGCGCUACGCAAAUGCAAACGCGGCCUCCGUACCGUUUCUCCAAACAACACCAAAACCUGUAAGGAGCUAUGUUACUGCCAGCCCCCUCCAAAAGAACGCAACCCAAUUCGUUCUGGAUACAAUGGCAAACGGAAAUAUCCGCAACUUUAGCAUAAGUGAUGCUAUUUUAAGUACCUUCAGUCCGCAACGACCUGUUUUCAAUAGAGUCCCCACUACAAAAGCGACGACAACGACAACCCUAAAUAAAUCACCUACAGAGGCAGCAUUGAGUACUACUAUUGUAGAGCCAACAAUAUCCUCUGUAGUUACUUCGCCCCCAAUUCAAGUGUCGGAAGUUCCUGUGCGUCCACGUGGCCGGUCUCGAUACACUGCGGCUACUGUUAACUAUAAUGUGGAUAGUGUUGACGAGCCAACCACGUAUGCGCCUAAAUUCAAAAUACCCCACACUUAUGAGUCAAGAAGCUCCUCAUCUAUAACACAUGCAAGAAGAAAGAUGCUUCGCGGACGAGUCGCCAACAAUCGACAAACGAUCUUUGAGCCAACAGCCAAGUCAAGGGAAAAAUACGAAACAUACAAGGCUGCUCAACAGGCCAAGGAAAAUGUCGACAGGUAUCAGAAUACCCAAUCAUCCCAUAUAUUGCCAACUAGCGAAGCAACAACUACACCCAAACAUAACCCAAGUGAAAAUGAAGCCGCAACGGCGGAUAACCCACGUGCCGAAGCUUUGAUUGCCCGCCAACCACUCGAUGUUAAGCAAGACAACAGCAUAGAGCAGACCGUCAGCACAGAGAUAUCUCCUAGCUCCAUUGAAGAUGUUGUUGUUAUAUCUGACCAGCCACCAGUCAAGUACUUGUACUCGAACAAAUAUCGGCAGCAAACGGCAGAGCGCACACUAGCCGAGAGUCUGCAGAACGCUGGCUAUAUUAAGAAUAGCAGUGGUCGACCCAAGUUCCGAAGUACAAAUGUUUUGGAGCAACUACAGCAUUUCCUUUCUAUCAGCGAUAGUGAUGAGAGCGGGUCGCCACAAUUCGUAGAUGAAAAUUCCGGAACAGAUAUCAAAGCUUCUGUUAACGAAAUAAAACCAGUUCAAUUAGCCGGCCGGAAUGCUACAGCUACAAUGAGAUCUACUACUACUACUACUACUAUUUCUGCACCACUGCCAAGCACACGAGCCCCAUAUAUUGGGCCUAAGCCCAUAGGCAACCAGCCCAGACUGUUCCCCUCACCCCCUACUCUUAGAAAAUUAGAUGCUGAAGCAAUCACAGCAGUAACUAGUAGCACUCCCGCUGUUAGCACCACACCUGACAUUUCAACCACGACUGCCACCCCUUCUCUAUUAUUAAGUUCUCCGCCAACAACACGAAUCUCGAGGGUUAAUAACGCUUUAAAGUCAUCUAUUGCCGCUGCUGCCGCCCAAUCGUCUAGCCCGGUCUCUACCCCGUCCACCUAUCAAAUGCCAGGGGGUAGAGCUAAUAAAUUCCAUAAUGGCCUUGCACCCAACAGUAACAACAACAACAACAACAACCAACAACAACACCAAUUCAACAACAACAAUGCCAAUGCCAAUGCCGCGGUCGCUGCUGCUUCGGUAAAGUGCUCCGAUAGCACACUGAACCUCAAGUGCAACGAAAUCCCCUCAAGAAACAACAAUAGAAACCGCGGCAGUGCUAUAUACACAAAUCAGGAUCGCGAUGUUGCCACUCCAAACAGGGGAACACAUCCACCGCGCACACGUCCCACCCUUAAGCCAGCAGGAACAAUUGUAUCGAAGGCUCAAGAAUUUGUGGACAUUUAUAAAUAUCCGCCAAGCCGACCGGAUCCCAUUUACCCACAGCCGACGCCCGAUAAGACGGCAGCCAAGUGCCGCAAGGAUGUCUGUCUACUGCCCGAUUGCUACUGCGGUGGCAAGGAUAUACCCGGAGGCUUAAAUGUAUCGGUGACCCCGCAAAUUGUGUUGCUUACCUUCGAUGAUGCGAUUAACACGAUUAAUAUCGAUCUGUAUAAUGAGUUACUGAAUAACGAGACGCGAAAGAAUCCCAAUGGAUGUCCUUGGCGCGCGACUUUCUACAUCUCGCAUGAGUGGACGGACUAUGGCAUGGUCCAGGACAUGUACUCGGAUGGACAUGAAAUGGCUUCGCACACGGUGUCUCACAGCUUUGGCGAGCAGUUCUCACAAAAGAAAUGGACCCGGGAGAUAGCUGGCCAGCGGGAGAUACUCGCCGCUUAUGGCGGGGUGAAGCUGUCGGAUGUGCGCGGCAUGCGAGCCCCUUUCCUCUCAGUUGGCGGCAAUAAGAUGUAUAAGAUGCUGUACGAUUCGAACUUCACCUACGACUCGUCGAUGCCGGUCUAUGAGAACCGACCGCCCUCGUGGCCGUAUACCCUGGACUACAAGAUCUUCCACGAUUGUAUGAUUCCGCCGUGUCCGACGCGCAGCUAUCCAGGCGUUUGGCAAGUGCCCAUGGUCAUGUGGCAGGACUUGAAUGGCGGACGUUGCUCUAUGGGCGAUGCCUGCUCGAAUCCAAGUGAUGCGGAGGGAGUCACCAAAAUGAUAAUGAAGAACUUUGAGCGUCAUUACACCACCAAUAGAGCACCGUUUGGACUGUUCUAUCAUGCCGCUUGGUUCACACAGCCGCACCACAAGGAAGGCUUCAUUAAGUUCCUUGAUGCCAUAAAUGCCAUGCCGGAUGUUUGGAUCGUUACCAAUUGGCAAGCGCUGCAAUGGGUGCGCGAUCCGACGCCAACAUCUCGAAUCAAUUCCUUCCAGCCAUUCCAAUGCGACUACUCGGACCGACCCAAGCGUUGCAACAAUCCGAAGGUUUGCAAUCUAUGGCACAAAUCAGGCGUUCGCUACAUGAAGACUUGUCAGCCUUGCCCCGACAUAUAUCCAUGGACUGGAAAGUCUGGUAUACGCUCAUCGCGCAUCGACAAUGAAGUCGAGGAGCCUUCGGCGUAAGGCCGAGGUAUUCUUAUGAGUUCAAUGUAUCGAAAUAAUAUCAUAGUAAAUGCCACGCUUAUGAUAUAAGUAGAAGAUGCCAAUGCACAAAAAAAUUAUGGAUAUGCACUAGAGCUCAUUGUCGGACGACAUAGGUAAUAGCCCAAAAUACGGUAUUCACUCUUUAAAAUGUUCUUCAUCUUAUUAUAUUUAUACUAUAGCUAAUUUGUUGAAGGGCGUCGAUAAAUGUAUUUAAUAUUUUUGGACAUGUUACUUAAAAUUAUUUAUUCCCUAACGAUAGACUUAUGUAUGUGUACUGUAUAUUCCUAUAGUUUGCUACUUGCGUGGAAAUUCGUAUAAGUACUUUCAAAAUGCAAUAUUAGAGUAAGAAAAAGUUACUAACGUAAUUAUAAAUAGAUUGUCCCCCAAAUUGCGGCAGUGGAACGCGCGUGGCGUAGCCCAUUUCUAAGCUGAUGAACAAUACUCUUCUUUGUGGCUUCUUCUAAUUUGUGAUAAAUUUAUUAUCGACUAUUAUGAUGUGUCCCUCUGUUAAUCUGAACCUUGGCACAAAAUUCGUAUCAAAUAUUGUCAACAUUUAUAUCUUAGCAUUAUAUUUACUCCGACCUUGUAUAUAACUACAUUAUAUCUGGAUUCCGGUGAAGGGGAUUUUAGCCUAAUACUCUUGGGUGUAUUUAUCAUUUUAUAUAUAUAUCCUUACUAUUAUUGUUCAACACCAUUCUUAUUCGUAAUACAAUGAAACUGAUGCUGUCAUGUGUCUGUCCAGGAACAUGGUAUGCAUAACCCGAUAUACGUAUAUAUAUGAAUAUGUAUCAGGAUUCAUUGCAUGAUUUACAUCAUUUUAGCACUAGUUCAAAUAAUUAAGAUUACCAUGGAGUUACAUAAAUCAGUUUUGAAGCGAAACGGCAGAACAGAAAUCAGACAAUGAUAGCAAGUAGACUAGAGCUCGUUCGUCCAGGCAAAGGAAUGAACUAAAUAAUAUAAAGUGAACUCUUUAUUACUCAUGUGAAAGUAUUAUGAUGGAUUUGUAAUGCUACAAACUCAUGAGGAGAAUAAUUAAGUUAAAUUACUGAGUUAAGUUUAUUGUAUGUAUGUGUUUCCAUUCCCAUGCAUAUGUAUAUUCAAUUCGCAAUCAGCUGAAUACAGCUCAAAAAUUUGUAUUUUACCGAGUGAAUUAUGUAUUUUGUGCUAAUAAUUGUACAACGUGUAAAAUAAAGCAAACAUUUUAAGUCAUA